CACUGCCCUCCCUGUGUAACCAGGGCAGCAGUGCCGUUGGUCUCUAAUAACAACCGAGUGUUAACAGCAACGAGCUUUCUAAAUAAGAACUUAGAUAGCAAAAAAUAGAAAUCAUGGAGAAUUCUCAUCGGGCCAACGUCCUGGUCACCUCCUGUCUGAAAACACCCAUCAACCCAUACACAAAAAUUCCAGCUGCCCAGUAUGAGAGGGAAAAAGCGACCACGUCGUCCCGGCAAACCGAGACAAAUUCACAGGACAAGCGGAGGUGUAACAGAUACUACGAGAAGGAGAAUGAAUCUGAAUGUGAUUCUGACCCCGAGGAAAUGGAGAGUUCCUUUUUGUUAAAGGACUACAGAGCGCCUGUGAAUCAGCUAGACCUCAAAGAGUUUGUCUUCGCCAAUAAGGAGUAUUAUAGGAAGCUGGAGGAGCUGAAGAAUGCUCACCUGGACACCAUGGCCCAACUUGAAAAGAUGUAUCAAAAUAAGAUGAAACUAAAAGGUGUAGUGCCUCCUGACAAUGAAUAUGACAGGACAGAAUUACACUGCAGAUCCCAAUGGAAGAAGACUCCAAACACUCCAACAGCCUUUUCAGCAAGUGAGCUGAACUAUAAUGUUUGCUCAAGUUUGUCAGAUGUGUCAAGUGAAUGUCUGGUCGAUAAUGAGACAGAGAAUAAGGAAAAAGGAAUAAUUUUGUCUCCAAGGGAACACAUACAAAGUAUGUGGGAUGGGUUUUCCAUAGUGGACUAUGACUCUAGUGAGAAAUGUCAGUUGCUACUUUCUCCAAAAAUCCAGAAGAGUAAAAGAAAACCAAAAGACUGGAGCCCAAAGAUCACAGUUCCUGAGCCCUUCCAUAUGACUGUUCGAGAAGCAGAGAAAAAAAAGAAAAACUUUAAGUCCAGAUCAGAGAUAGAAAUGGAGAACUGCCUGCUGAAGAAGAAGCUGGAGGAGCUGAUGGAAUCUCAGAAGAAGUUCAGAGCCAACCCAGUGCCUGCCCAUGUAUAUCUCCCACUUUACGAGGAAAUUAUGGAAAGGAAUGAAGAAAGGAGGCAGUUUGUGAAAGAGAGGACCAAGGAGCUUGCGUUGGCUUCUCAGAAACCUUUCAGCUUCAUCGAGAGAGAGGAAAAAAGGAAAGAAAGAAAAAAAACUCAGGUCAAGGAUCUCACACCAAAAAGGAAAAAGACCACCUUUAAAGCAAAACCUGUGCCUAAAUAUAUUAAUGACCCGACAAUCAGCGAUCGAAUCAAGGAAGAGGAACUUUAUCGCAAGAUUAAGAUGCAGAUGAGGUCGCAAGAACUACUGUACAGUUCCUCCUUGCCUAGAAGCAUGCUGACUUGCGCUGCCUCUGGGAAAAGGAAAGAAAAUUCAACAGACAAAAACAAAGAGACAGAUUUUCGACCAAGGAUCAACACUGAAGUUCCUGACUUUGGGGCAAAGUUCAGAAGGUUCCACAAGCAGCUAUUGAAAAAGAGGGACACCAAACCGAUGACGGUUUGUGAACCCUUCGUCCUCCGAACUUUACAGAUCCCGUCUCACAGAGACAAGAUCCUGGCAGACAUACAAACAGAUGAAGGCAGGCUAAUGGAGAGUCGCUGGCCUUAUAUCUCACCCGAGAGCCAGUCAAAACCUAGAUGUUUGAGUGCCAUUUCUUCUCUGUCUGGAAGUCAGGAAUUGUGUCCUGCUAAAAUCACUGAAUCGGUUAAAAGACGACAAGAAGCUGUAAGGAAACUAGAGAAACAGAGGAAGAAGGAAUACCUGGAAGAGAUGAGGGAGAUGCAGGAGAGAGUGAGCGAAAGGCCAUUACUAUUGGAACAAGUUACUCAGAGAAAUGCCAAAAAGGCAGCAGAGAAACGUUUUGCUGACACACUAAAAGAAAAUGGAUUAAGUGAAGAUUUUGUUAACAAUAAAGUUCCAACGGCUCGGAAGCUUUUUGAUGAAUCUGUCAAUGGAGUGUACUUAACGAAUGAGGAUCAAGAAAGUCUAAAAGUGGAUCCAGUUGAGCGAGCAGAAUCUCCUGUAGACCGAGAGGAAUAUCAAGAUGAUUAUGAAGAUGCAGAUGAAAGUGAAAGUGUUGAAAAAUAUGACAGGGAGCGAGAAGAAGUUGAAGAUGCCAAUGCAGAAGAUCAAUACAGUGAAGACAAGGAAAGCGAUAAUGAAGACCAGGAAUCCCUUUGUGACACAUAA